UAGGUCGCUUGGUCGCGCUUAGUCGCGAAGGUAGACGCUCGGUCGCCGUUGCGUGGUUACAUCAACCGAGAGAUGCGAAGCUGGUGCACGCGCCACUUGGCUGGCGAUUCCACUCCGUGGAAGUACACUGGGAGACCACAGAUGACCACGAUGAAUGGGAAGAGGCCCACGACGUUACCUCCAAGGCAUCAUCAGAACGACGCAACUUCCCAACACUUUGAUUUAAUCAAAUACAUAUACGAAUCUUGGAAUUCCGUAUCCAAGGAGCUAGAUAGCUACCAUAAUCAGCAACAUGGCAAUUCGUCAAAUUAUAGAAAUGCUGCUUUAGUUACGUAUUAUCAAGAACACGAACCAAAUCCACAGCUGAAAGAUUUUGAACCGUUUGAUCUGGAAGCCUACUGGAGACAACGGGGAGUGCAAAGCCUGGCACGAAAUACGAGUUCAUAGUCUUGGAUUUCAACCGUGAAUUACAAUCAUAUAUUAUCAAAUAGUUCUAAGAUUCAACAAGCAGCAGAAAGAAUAAAUUAUUUCCAAUAUUUGACAAACAUCGU